AAUCCAUUAGUAACGAAAAACUUUCGAACACAGCGAUGCCUUCGACGAAAGUCUACACAUUAGCCCCAUUAUUACUGCUCGCUGUCAGCGUUUUAGCACAAGAAUUGAGAAAUGUGCAAGACAUCAAUUGUAAUGGCAAAGAGUACGUUUGCGUCGGACCAUUAAACUAUAAAAGCUGUUUAGGCGAUGGCCACGGUAAUACCUAUGCUACGGGUAACGCCAUUCAAUGCCCCCCAAACCACCGCUGCGUAAAUGAUGGAUUAGACAUUUGUAUACCCCUUAAGCUGACUACGAAAGCUCCCCAAAAAGAAGCCCAAGUAGCUAUAGAGCAAACAUCAAAUAGUUUCAUUUCGACCGAAGGUCCAAUCCAAUCAAAGUCUGUAAGCUGGGACACCACAUCAGCAGUGACAGAUACUACAACAGAAGGUGUCACCACACCCAUUGCAGAGUCGGGAAUUCAUGUUGCCGAAAUUGGCGCUGCCGAUGGCUCGAUAUGGACAACUUUUUUAACGGAAAACUCAAACACACUCAUCGACACAACUACUGAUACAAUUUUUUCAGAAGGAACAACUACUACGCUCGAUCCACAAUCAACUGAACUAGUGACGUCUGAGACGCCUUUGGAAACAACGACAGAUACCAUUGCUGAUACUACGACAAUAAACUACGAAGAUGAAAUCUUAGGCACAAGUUUGUCGACUGGGACGACCGAUCUUGACAACCUAAAUUUUGAAACAACAGUUGAGCCCGACAUUCCGACAGAAUAUUCGGAAGCAACUACUUAUGCAUUAGACACAUCAACGCUUCUAGCCUUCGAUACAACACUCAUUUCAAGUGAAACAGGUCCUAAUAUACCAGAACAACCCAACGCUUCAGUCGAUCCUAAUGCAUCAGUCGAUCCCACCAUCUCAGUUGAUCCCAGUGCACCUGUAACACCAAGCUCGCCAGUAGACCCAGUCGAUCCAACCGCCUCAGUUGAUCCCAAUUCUUCAGCGCUACCCGACUCACCAGCUGAUCCUAAUGUACCAGCCGGCCCUAACGGUUCAGUUGAUCCCACUGCACCAGUAACACCAAGCUCGCCAGUAGACCCUGUCGAUACAACCGCUUCAGCUGAUCCCAAUUCACCAGCGCUACCCGAAUCACCAGCUGAUCCUAAUGUACCAGCCGGCCCUAACGGUUCAGUUGAUCCCAGUGCACCAGUAACACCAAGCUUGCCAGUAGACCCUGUCGAUACAACCGCUUCAGCUGAUCCCAAUGCACCAGCGCUACCGGACUCACCAGCUGAUCCUAAUGUACCAGCCGGCCCUAACGGUGCAGCUGAUCCCAGUGCACCAAUAACACCAAGCUCACCAGUAGACCCAGUCGGUCCGAACGCAUCAGCUGAUCCCAAUUCACCAGUGCUACCGGACUCACCAGCUGAUCCUAAUGUACCAGCCGGCCCUAAUGGUUCAGUUGAUCCCAGUGCACCAAUACCACCAAGCUCACCAGUAGACCCAGUCGAUCCGAACGCUUCAGCUGAUCCCAAUUCACCAGCGCUACCGGACUCACCAGCUGAUCCUAACGUACCAGCCGGCCCUAAUACUUCAGUUGAUCCCAGUGCACCAAUAUCACCUAGCUCACCCGUAGACCCAGUCGGUCCGAACGCUUCAGCUGAUCCCAAUUCACCAGUGCUACCCGACUCACCAGCUGAUCCUAAUGUACCAGCCGGCCCUAACGGUUCAGUUGAUCCCAGUGCACCAAUAUCACCAAGCUCACCAGUAGACCCAGUAGGUCCGAACGCUUCAGCUGAUCCCAAUUCACCAGUGCUGCCAGACUCACCUGCUGGUCCUAGUGCGCCAGCCGGCCCUAACGGUUCUGUUGAUCCCAGUGCACCAAUAUCACCAAGCUCACCAGUACACCCAGUAGGUCCGAACGCUUCAGCUGAUCCCAAUUCACCAGCGCUACCUGACUCACCAGCUGAUCCUAACGUACCAGCCGGCCCUAACGGUUCAGUUGAUCCCAGUGCACCAAUAACACCUAGCUCACCAGUAAACCCAAUCGAUCCAAACGCUUCAGCUGAUCCAAAUUCAGCAGUGCAGCCCAACUCACCAACGGAUCCAAAUUCUGCGGCCGGACCUAACGUGUCAAUUGAUCCCAUUGUACCAGUAACUCCAAGCUCACCAGUAGACGCAGUCAGUCCGAACGGUCCUGCAUCGCCAGGGUUACCAAAAGAUCCAAGAAGACCAGUUGGUCCGAACACUUCAGUCGGUUCCAAUGCAGCAGUGCUGCCAGGCUUACCAAUUAACCCAACUGAUCCAAAGCCAUCAACUAGUCUCCCUUCACCGGUUAGCCCUCAUGGUACCGUCCCCAACACUUCAGUGGAUUCUAAUACAGCAACAAUACCCAAUCGUCCCGUUCGUCCUAGCCAUCCAAUGUGGCCCCAUUACCCCAGUCAUGGAAUUAUUAGUCAGAAAAAAGAUCAAACAUAUUAUAGCAAGUGGCGUACUGAUCGUCCGGGUACUUUUGAUAAUCAUUUUUGGUCAAUAUGGGGUAAUGGGAUACAAAUUCAAAAAGCCGCUACACCUGGCUUGCCUUUAACCCCAAGCAAACCAAAACACAGCCCUCAAGAAGCAAUGGAAGAGGAAUCUAGUGAAGUAAAUUCUUCUCUACCUAAAGACGAUUUGUCCGAUGAAGGAAAAUCAAAUAGCAAGAGUAGAGAGUCAAAAGAAAAAAGGAAUUCUAAAGAUGAAAAGGAUAAUCAGAAGAACGAAGACGGUAAUUCAAGUGAGUCUUCAGCCGAAAAACGUCGUAAGGAAAAUUCAUCAGGCGAAAAUAAAUCAAAUUCGAGCAGCAAAGAGGCCAAAAACAAUAACGAUUCUAAAGAGAAAAAGGUUAAAGAUGAUAGCAAAAAUGAUGAAGAGGAAUCCGAUGGCUCAAGUGAACAAAAGGAACUAAUUAAGAAAAUAAUAAAGAAACUCAAGGAUAGCAAAUGUGACGAAGACGACAUAUUUCCAGAUCCUCGGGAUUGUAAGAAAUACUACAGAUGUAUAGAAAAAUCACAUAAAACGAAGGUCGCCCACCUACGUUGUGAGAGCGGAGAGAGAUUCGACUCCGAUAAACUAAAAUGCGUUGAAAAGCGUAAAGCGAAGUGCUUCUCUGAGGAAGAUUUCAUUGAGGAGUUUUCUGAAAGUACGAAAUGAAACCAUCGACCAAAGAAACAUGAAAAGCAAUUGUUUAUUACAAAAACAUGAAAUUAAAGCUUCGACCACAAAAGUACUUUUCUUGCAGCUUUGAGAAAUUCAUGAACUCCAUUACUUUAUUUCCCAAAUUCAUGUACUGAUCUACAUGACUAUUAACUAUAAUGGUAGCUUAUGACCCACAAUUGUUUAAAUUCCUGUACCUUACAUAAAUUAAAAUAAUUAUUAUUUUGUAGUUUUCGGAUUUAAUUAUAUUUAACGAAGUUAUGAUAAUCCCAUUGGAGCAAAAUCUAUAAAUCUUAUUAAUGCUAUUCACUUCAAGGAUUUUGUCAGGAUCGACAUUUAAUCAAAGUUUUUAAAAAGCAAUAAAAUACAUUUUUUCAGCCCCACUCUUCUUAUACUUAAA